AAAUCGAUCGCGAAGACAAGAAGCCGAGGAACACAGAACAAAAGGGAAAGAAGCAGCAAGUGAACGAGGAUCGAUAUCCAAUGUGAAGCUGGCAGUGAAGGACAACGGUCGAUUGGCCGUUGUUCUUUGAUAUUUCGAUACUUUCGGUCCUUUCGGUGUCUCGCGUCGACGUCGAGAAACGUCAUCUCGAUUUCUUCGCGAUUUUUCAAUCGCCAUCCAAUGCGCCUUCGAAUCUAUUCCUUCGAAGUGGCCCAGUAACAGAAAAGAGACCAUCGAUCUCGAGAAGAGAACAGUCUUUCGAAUUUCUCUUCCGAAAGGACGUCGGUAACAGAGCUACCAUGGCGGUAGAGUCAAGAUGGAUGCCGUGUCAGCUGAAAAUCGAGCCGAACAUCUGCAGCUGCGACUACGAUGGUAUAAUCCUGGUGUCGGGCUGCGCGCCGGGGUUCGAUGAGCCUGAGCCGUUCAAAACGGUGCUGUUCAGCGCUGCCCAGAUCGAUUCCGCUCUGGGCGUGAUCGGUGCGGUUUUGUCCAUCAAUUUGCCCGCGAAAAGGCUCAUUUACAGUCCGACCGGGCCGCUCAACAUGGAUUACCAUGACGUUCGCAGCUUCGCCGAGGCGGCCACUAAAGGCGUCAAAAGAGCGUUGAAGGCUGGCGUCAGGUGUCCGCUGCUUGCGCUUCUACCAGACAUCCGCUUCGAGAACGUCGAGCUGGUCACGCUUCUUGGAGCUCUAGAAGGCCUCUACGUACCGUUGGAGGUUCGAGAAACAUGCCCAGACCGAUGCUACAAGGCGUGUCAACUGGCCGUAUGGAGUCCGAUUUGCAGUAAAAAGCUUCAGGGUAUCGUGAAGUUGGCCUCGGCGCUCGAGAGCGGAAGAUACGUGGCGAGGGACAUCGGUGGCGCAGAUCCCGAAAGAAUGGCACCCCCAAGAGUCGAAGAGUACCUUGCGGAGUUGUUCUGCGGUACGAACGUGACGAUGCAGGUUGUAUCCGACCAGGAAACUCUGCUGCAGGAAUAUCCUCUGUUCGCGUGCGUGAACCGUGCAGCCUCCAUGAUACCCCGACACGCGGGUAGAAUUAUCUUUCUGACUUAUGAGCCGCCUAAUCCUGCCUGCAUCCUGGAAACGGUUAUGCUUGUGGCUAAGGGUGUCACUUACGAUACCGGCGGCACCGACCUUAAGGUCGGCGGCUCGAUGUUCGGCAUGUCGAGGGACAAAUGCGGAGCAGCAGCGUGCGCUGGAUUCAUGCAGGUGGUGAAUUUGCUGCAACCACCGACGGUGAAGGCUGUGGUGGCUCUGUGCGUGGUACGGAACAGCAUCGGUGAGAAUUCCUACGUCGCCGACGAGGUGAUCACCGCUAAGUCCGGCGUCAGGGUACGUGUCUCGAAUACGGACGCGGAUGGUCGCUUGGCUAUGGCCGAUGCUCUCUGUCACAUGAAAGAAAUGGCCCUGUGCUCGGUUAAUCCGCAUAUUUUCACUGUAGCGACGCUAACAAACCACGCGAUGCUCACCGUCGGUCGCGGAUACUCGAUCGCUAUGGAUAAUGCAGUGGCGCGUUUAGUCAGCAACGCCGAGAAACUCCAAGCUUCCGGGGAGACAAUGGGCGAUCCAUUCGAGAUAUCAAGGAUACGAAGAGAGGACUUCCACUUCCACGAAGGUCGAACGGAAGGCGACGAUAUUUACCAAGCGCCGCCUAAAGGCAGUAGCGUGACGAACAGAGGACACCAAAAUCCAUCCGCCUUUUUAAUCAUGGCUUCCGGCCUGGAUAAGGAUGGCGGAAUGAAUUUUUUAUGGGCGAUCAGCUUAACAUAAGUACCGCGAGGAGGCAUUAAUGGCAGAUUAAAAAGCUUUUCCAUUACAAUGACGUUUAAAGCCUCAUUUAGCCGGCCUAUCUCCCUUCGGCCCGCCUCGUUCGACCACUCGUUCUCACCCCCUCGUAUCGAUUGCAGCACGGAGCCUGUAGCUGUUCUCCCUUAAAAUACACGCACAUCGACAUAUUCGCACAUGUGCCCGAUCCUCACCACCUA